CGCAGGGAGGCAGCGGCCGGCCCGGCUGCUCCUCCCGGCGCCUCCCCCACAGGGCUGACUCGAGGGCCGUGUGGGCGCCCUGGGGAGUGGAGCGGGAGUCUUGGGAAGGUGGGUGGCAGCGGGAAGAAGGGGUCUGGGGCAGAAGGCCAGCAGCCUGAGCAAGGGGCCUGGGGCUGUGGCAGGGGCGCGGCCACGCGGGCAGGUGCUUGGGCACGUAGCGAUGUGGCUGCUGAGCGCCCAGUGUUGGGGGCGGGGGCUCCAGGUCCCCGCUAGGGCCUAGGGGUCCUCUCACACUCCCCCCCACCCCGACCGGCUGCAGAUGAAGGACAGGCCGGCAGGGACACGGGCCUGGACCUGAGGACAAACCACCCUGAAGAGGGUUUUACGCCCACGGGGGGAGGAGCCCUCCAGCCUCCCCGGCCACCCCCCAGAGACGACCGGAAGCUGGAGGGAUGACAGGCUCACGGGCCAGCAAACCCACAGGCCUUUGUCCUCGGCCACUCAGUGAGCCUUGCUCAGUUGCCGACCACUGCCUGGCCUCCUCCCGUUCUUCCAGGCUGCGACCGAGAGCCACGGGCAAUCCAGGAACACCUCCCGGGGCUCCUCCGUCAGACUGGGGCCUGGGAGGGGCCGCCUCUCCCCCAGCAGACAGGCCUGGACCCGGGGGAGGGCCCAGGAACCAGAACCACCCGUGCCCCAGGCUGCAGAGGGAAGGGGAGUCACCCCGCCCACUCCCACACUGUCCCCGGCCAGCAUGACCUCGUCUCCGCCUGGGCCCGCCCUGUCUGGUGCUGGGACAAGCCUGGGCUGGGGUCCUGACCUCGGGCUGUGGCCUGGGAACCCAGGCCCCCAGGACAGGUCCGGACUGAGCAGUGGGGACCUCAUGCUGUCGCAGGACUGUCACUGUGACAACCAGCAUGGUGACAAUGACUGUCCAUCGUGUCAUACCACCCCCUGGGUGUGGUCCCCCAUGGUCACCAAGUGCCACACCACAAUCCCUGCAGAGUCCCUGUCCCCGCUUGUAUGUCCCUGUGUCCCUGCCCCCCCGCCCCUAUUCCCAUGUCCUGUCAGUGCCCCUAUCCCUGUGUCCCCGUGUCCCCAUCCUUGUGGCCCUGUGUCCCCACAAGCCCGUGCCCCUCUGUCCCCGUGUCCCUGUGUCCCCGACCCUGUGUCUCUGUUCCCGUACCCUUGUGUUCCUCAUGUCCCCGUGUCCCUCGCCCUCUGUGCCCAACCCUGUGCCCCCGUCCCCCUGUCCCUCUGUGCCCACCCCUGUGCCCCCCUCCCCGUCUCUGCGUCCCUGUCCCAUGUCCCCGCCCCUGCGUCCCCGUGUCCCCGUGUCCGGUCCCUCUGUGCUUACCCUCGUGUCCCCGGCCCUGCGCCCCCCUGCCCCCCUGUCCCUACCCCUCUGUCUCUGUGUCCCCGUCCUGUCUCUGUGUCCCCAAUCUCCCGUGUCCCCGUAUCCCCGUGUCCCUGUUCCUGUGUCCUCGGGCCCGCACCCAGGGCUGCCUGUCCUGUGUUGAGUAGAGAGGUGCCCGUGCAGGGUCUUCGUGGUCUCUGGAGGGUAGAGGCCAGGACAAGACACAAGGACUUGCAGCUCCUUCCCCCUGGAUGGCAGCUUCUCCUCAGGCUGGUCCUGCUCCCACGCCCUCCUCCAAGCCCAGGCUCCAACACUAAUACCCCAACUGCAGGCUUACCAUGUUCUCCCUCCAAACCCUCCGGGCAGCGCCUCCAUGCCUGGGGUGGCACCGGAAGACCCAGACAGGUGCAUUCGGAUUCCCUUUGACUGUCCAGCCACGCCCAGUGGCCCUGACCACGCAGGCUCGCCAUGUCCGGUCCCGCGAGAGGGGAGGAGCCCCCGGGACUUCAGGCGCAGAGAAAGGGAGCCCGCGCGCGCGCAAGGACGGGCCGCCGACUGCGGACGAUCCCGGCACGGAGGGCCACGUCGAGAGAUUCGGCGGGAGUCUCGGGCCUCCUCAGACAACUUAAAACACACCUCUGAAGUCCCAGCUCAGAAAUAACCGACGACGCGUGAUCCCCAGGCCACCCGAUCUCAUGUGAGCCAGUCAAGUCUCACGUGAGGGAGAGACGCGGGGCGCGGACAGCCAUUGGCAUCACGUGCCGCCGAACGCCACAGGGCCCCUUCAGGCUGCGACAGGGGAACCGGCUGGAACCGGCCCUGGACGCCGGACGUCAGGCGGGAAAGCCACCACCCAUGCCCAGUGCGUCCGAUCCUGCCCCCACGAGAAGGGAGCGCGCGCCAGAUGGGAACAGCAGCGUUUCGGCCCCCGCCCCCGCCCCCGCCCCCCGCCAACAGCUCGCGCGCCCCAGAGUCACCCCAGGAGAACUUGGCCGCCAGCGAGGGAAGGAGCGGGUACCUUUUUUCAGGCCCAAGAUCCACAUGGUGUCCAGGGCGUCAAUCAGCGUCAGGCCCAGGCCAAACCACUCGCUGAAGGACCUGGACACAGGUUUCAGCUCGUCGUGGCCCCAGGCAAACUUGCGGUACCCGGCCCACGCGUGGAGGAAGGCGUCGAUCACGGCCCUCUGGCGCUCGUUUGGGGAGGCUGGAGGAAAGACAGCAGGUCGCCAGGACCGGUGCCGGUCAGGGUUCAGACAGGGCCCCUCGGCAGCCCCACACGGAACGGGGUGGGGGAGCAGCAGGGGACACCGCCCAAGGACCGGUCCUCACGGCUGGACGCAGCUGCCAGGGCGGCAAGGCCUCUGGGGCCAGCACGGGACAGCGUGGUGUCCCGUGUGCCUCCGCCGGGGGCCCGGGGGCCACACGCUGAGCGCGCGAUGGCUGCGCCGUGCCCUUCGGCCUCGGGAGCGUCGGGCGUGCUGACGGCUGCCGACCUGGACGGGAGCGCCUCGUCUCCCGGGUGCCCCGUCGCACCUCAUCGGCCCCGGGCUUUUUCGAGGACGACCUAACGCGCAGCAGGUGCACCCAUGGCCGCCCUGGAGCCUUUCCGGGGUGCCCUGGCGACUGGUGUGGGAGACGAGGUUUCUGCCCUCCACACCGGGGAGGACGGGGCACGAGUGACGGAGCCACCACGUGGACACAACCGUGCGUGUCGAUGGCGGCACCGCACGUGGGUGCGGUCUGAGGCCAUCCGUGUUGACACCUGCGGCGCUGCCGUCUGUCCUCUAAGCCACACGAUCACUCGGCGUCCCCCACACGUCCCCUUCCUUCAGAGGCAACAGCAAUCGGGACCGGAGGGUCACAGCCUGGGCCCCAGACUCGCUGACCUGGCACGAGCCCCUGCUCCACCAGGCCCAUGGCCCUGGCCGUGACCGGCCCCGCCUCAGCUCUGCACGGGACUCCCGACACGCCUGCGCCCAGAAGGCCCUCCACCCCGGUGCCACCGCGUCGGACCGCGCAGACCUGCUGGGACCCGAGACGCAGAGGGGCGGCUGCGUCCCCACGUUCUCCAGGCACCACCCCCCAGCCCCCCGUGGCACAGACGCAGGCUGGGAAACGAGUCUCUCGCCCACAUGGGCGACCGGGGGCUGCAGCGAUGGGCCGCCAAGGAGCCCCGUGUCCUCUCCAGGCUCUCAAGAGAUCGGCGGCCUGCCCGGGCGCCUCGGGGGACCAGCACUCGGAGGGACGGCAGGUGCUCCCCCCGCUGGGCGUCCGCGCGCCCUCCUCGUCAGAAUGUCCAGGUGAGGCCCAACAGGGUGCCCGUGGGGUCUUACCUGCCUGGUUCUGAAUCCUGGGGGCCUGGGAGGAAGGUCUGGGGGGCGCCUCCGCCUUCCUCGAAGGAAGUUCGGUGCCCGGCUGCGGCUCAAUCACCGCUCCCCUCCAGCUUCAGGGAGAGAAGGAGGAGCAGUCAGCCAGCCUGCGGGCGGAGACGGAAACGCCCCCAGGUCCCGGUCCCCCGGCGGGCCUCCCUGCUGCCCGCCGCUCUGGGCAGGACGAGCAGAAGGCUGGUUCUGCCCCCCCGCCCCGGGUCCCGCCCUGGACCCUGCCUGCUCUGGGAGCAACGUGUACCUCGGACGUCGCGCUCACCCUCCUCCUCUUUGGUUUUCAGAAAACGCCAGACACGCGGGCUUCAGCGUUUCUGCACGUCCAGCCCGUCUCUGACGCUCCCCGUACCUGACCACCGUUCUCCGUGUGCUUCCUUCCCGACGCGCGUCACCCACCGCCUCGUCCCUCCACUUGGUGUCGUCCUGCCUCCUGUCCUCGGAGCCUUUACCGGGGGCUCGAAUCUGCAGGUUGGGAGGUCCCCGUCGGAAAUGCCUUUGAGGCUUCUAGAUAAAAACAAGAAUCACCCGUG